GGAAGUAUUAUUCACCAUCCAUUCCAUGAUCCACUCCAUCGUACGUCCUUUCCCUGCGGCCUACUCCCCCGCUAUCCCUCACGUAUCCCUCUUUUCCACUCAACGAAUUCCUUCUUUAUUCCCCUCAUAGUUAAUAUUGUCAUAUGUAUGAUAUAACUGUCUCACCCUCACCAACUGUAGUAACUCGUAACCGCCAUUCUCAUCCUAAUUCCCUCCACAAUUUAAAAAAAAAAAAAAAAAAAUGGAGUCCGUCGCCUCCAACUCAUCCCCACCACCAAACCACCGUCACCGCCGCCGCCUCGGCCCGCCGCCCCAGCCUAUCACGAACCGCAUAGUCCGAGCCCUCCACCACCGCCUCCUCCUCCUCCACCGCUCCGAUGACGCAGCCACAUUCUUCGUCCUUGGCGCCACUGCCAACGUCUACGCCGUCACCCUCUCCUCCACCCCGAGCUGCACCUGCCCCGACCGCGCCACUCCAUGCAAGCACAUCCUCUUCGUCCUCAUCCGCGCCCUCGGCGUCUCCCUCGACGACUCCUGCCUCCGCCGUCGGACCCUCCGCCCCUGCCUCCUCUCCCGCCUCCUCUCCUCCCCCACCCUCCCUGACUCCCUCGCCUCCCCCGGCCUCCGCCGCCGCUUCCACCAGCUCUUCUUUCAUCCCCGCAGCGAUCGGGCUAAUUCUGCCGCGGUAGGACCGGCGUUCGAGGAGGGGACGAGCUGCCCGAUCUGCUUGGAGGAGAUGUCAAAGGAGGAGAGGGUGGUGGCGUGCGCCACGUGCCGGAAUCCGAUACACGAGGAGUGCCUCACGAGGUGGAAAAGGAACAGCGGGAAGAGGGCGGUCUGCUGCGUGAUAUGCCGCGCCAGGUGGAGGGAGGGGGCGGGGAUGGCUGCGGCGGCGGUGGAGGAGGAGGAGUACUUGAACUUGGCGGCUUAUGUUGAUGAGGAUGUUGAUAAUGACAAUGUUGGUAAUAUGGCCGGUGGGGGUCUUUGUGCUGGUUAAGAACGUAAUGUAGUUUUAAUUGAUGAAUGGCUUAAAUUGAUAGUUUGGUUAGUUUUUAGUUCAUUUGUAAUUAAGACAUUUUAAUUUACAGCUUAACUAUAAAUAGUUCUGAAGUGGAACAAAUUAAUGUUUAGUUGAAAAUUUUC